ACAGGCGUUGACCAUGACGACGAGCGUCAACAGAGGCGGUUUGACAGAUGAGCAGCGGAGCGGCUUCAUCCGGAGCCGAGAGAAGCGACCGGAGCCGGGCCCAGAGACGGACUGGGUGGGAGCAGAGCCGAGGCCAGAGCCGCCGAGCGAGCCUCGCCAUGUCCGCGGAGAAGAGCGCGGCUCCCUGCAGCAAGUUCCAGGCGAACGUUUUCAACAAGAGCAAAUGUCAGAACUGCUUCAAGUCCCGGGAGCUGCAUUCGCUCGGCGACCGCGACAUGGAGCAGGCCAAACCCGUCUACGGCGGCUGGCUGUGUCUGGCUCCGGAGGGCACUGACUUCAGCAACCCCAUGCAGCGCUCCAGGAAGUGGCAGCGUCGCUUCUUCAUCCUGUACGAGCAUGGCAGCCUCAGCUUCGCUCUGGACGAGCUGCCCAGCACACUGCCGCAGGGAACCCUCAACAUGAAUGUGUGCACCGACAUCACGGACGCGGAACCGCGGACGGGCCAGAGGAACGCCCUCUGCCUCGUCACCCCAGAGCAGGAAAUCUUCAUCCGUGGGGAGAGUAAAGAGAUUAUCAAUGGGUGGAGUGAACAGCUCUCUGUUUACCUGCGCACCAACAAGCAGAGCGUGAAGAAGAAACGGAAGGUGGAGCCAGUGGGGACUCAGGAGCCCAGUCCAGCAAAGAUGGCCGCCACCGAUCCCAGCUGUCCGUCGAUGGAGAGAGCAGCAGAGCCAUGGCAGGAAGAGCAGGCGAGCAGGGGGGUGCAGGAGAGCCCCAUCUGGACCGGAGCAGACCCGGACCCCAUGGGCCCAGAGCAGACCCCUGCAGGUGUCACAUGUCCUCACCUGAGCUCCGGCGAGUCCUUGGACUCAAUAACCAGUGGAACAUCAGCGGAGCCCGACAAGGUCCAGGACGGCAGCAGAAGAGUGGACGAGCCAGCAGAGAGGCGGCGGUGUGCAGCGCCUGAGGAGACGGCGGCCGUGUCCAGGGCUGGUCGCAGCGAGGCCCGAGCUGCCCCUCGAGAGAAACUGCAGUCGUGUGGGGACGUCACGCAGCUCUCCGUCCCUUUACAUCCCCCUGAGAGGAGGUCACGCUCCCUGGACCGCAGGACGUCGGACACGGUCAUGACGCCUGAUUUAUUAAACUUCAAAAAAGGCUGGAUGGUCCUGCUGGACGACAGCGGGCAGUGGAAGAAGUAUUGGUUUGUGCUUUCCACCGACAGACUGAGGUACUACAAAGACUCCAUCGCUGAAGAGGCAUCUGACUUGGAGGGUGAACUGGAUUUAUCCAAGUGUUACAAUGUGUCUGAGUACCAGGUCCAGAGGAACUAUGGCUUCCAGAUCCACACUUCCACAGACGUCUACACUCUGUCGGCCAUGACUUCUGGGAUACGGAAGAACUGGAUUCAGGCCCUGAUGAAGAACGUCCAUCCAGCUAAUGCCCCUGGUGUUGCCAGUUCGCCGACCCUCCACCUUUCCUGCAGCACGCCAGAGGUUCUCCCCAAACCGGAUCUGACUCAGGAUUCGCGCUCGGCCGGCACCUCAGCAGAACCCAAGCCUCGCAGUGUGCUGGAAAGACGGCGGGAGGGCCGCAACAAAACCUUCGACUGGGCCGAGCUUCUGCCUCUGAAGUCGGGUGACUCGGACUCUGAGACAGGAAAGAUUCUCUUCUCACUGGAACUGAGCGACCGGGAGAGAAGGAAGCGUCGAGAAGAGAGGAGGAGGCGAUACGAGACCAUGCUGGGCUUCUCUCUGGCCUGGGAGGUGGCUGGAGAUCCUCUGAAGUCUAAGAAGCAUCUGGAGGGCGAGAUAGAGUUGUACUGGAAGCAAGUGGAGACCACCAUGUUCAGGCUGGAGCGGACCGUCCCGCUUCAUGGCACUAAACAUCCCACGGAGCUGGAGAAGCUGCUGGACGACUACAGGACCAAGGUUGAAGACUUGAAGCUCCAGCUGAUGGACUCAGAGCGACGCAGACUUGAGGCGGAGGCUCUGCUCAGUCAACAGGGAUUCUGUGAGCAGCAGCAGCAGCAGCAGCAGCAGCAGCAGCAGCAGUGUGUCUGUCCACAGUGUCCUGAGCCGGACUCCAGUCCGGAGGACAACAUCAAAGUGGAACAUGAGACUCCAAGCAUCUGGCUGCAGGACACAGACGGUAACUUCCAGGAGCUGAGACAGUUGCUGGACGACUGGACGGAAGCAGAUGUGCCGACCUCGCCGGCAUCGUCCCGUGGUGAGGAGCAGUCCGAAGGUUUGGACCUCCAGAACAAGGAAGACCAAGGUCUUCUCAUACUGGAGAAGUCCAAAGUAGACAACAGUCCAGACCAGACUGUUCUUCGUAGACUUGCCCAGGAGGUGGAGCUGCUCACCGACCAGAAUGAAGCUCUCAACCAACGCAACCAGGAGAUGCUGAACCAGCUGACGGAGGCCGACCGUGAGAUUGAGCGGCUGAAAGCUGAGCUGAACGGCAGGUACGGUGAAGCUCACCACCACCUGGAGGCAGAGAAGUUAGAGAGUCUGGAGAAGGAGUUGAGUUUGCGUGACCAGCAGCUCCUGGAGGCUCAGGCACUCGUGGCCUCCCUGGAGGAGAGUCUGAAGGACACAGAAGCGCUUCUGAGGGAAAGUGACCAGCCGGAGAAGAGUGUCCAGAAGUCGGAGGGAUACCUGCUGCGGUGCUUUGAGGCGACGGAAGCGAAGCUCACCGAGCUGGAGAGGAGGUUGAGCCAGUCAGAGCUGACGCGCAGAGAGCUGCAGGAGCAGAACGCUGAGCUGAAGGAAGCGGAGAUCAGAAGGUUGGCUGAGGAGGAAAGUCGAUCAGGAGAAGACAGAACACAGAAAGUGAUAGAAGGUUUGAUAGUAAGGUCCAGGGUUCUGGGCGAGCUACUGGAGGUGAUGGACAGGCUGGGGUUGGGUGUGCAGGAGAGAGCUACUGAAGGUGGGGUGGUCCGUCAGCUGAGGUGGGAGGAGGACGCGUGGAGUUCUCUGCUCGGUGAAGUGAAAACAUCCCCAGUGGGGGAGGAGAGUGAGAAGCUCCUCAGCGACAUCACUGAGCAGAAGAUGGUUGAGGCGAGAAUGAUGCUGCUCGGCCACAACUUGCUCUCUGGAGAAGACCUUCUGAGCGGUGAAGACACGACACAUGUGAAAGCUGUCGCAGAUGUGAAGACCUCAAUCUUGAACAAAGUCGCCGCCUCAGUGUCCAAACAUGAAGACCUGCAGCUGAUGGCUGAGCAACUGCUUCUCCUGUCGGAGCGUCCGUGCUCCGCUCUGCUGCACUCGGCAGCCACUGAAGCUCUUGUCAGCUGCCGUGUCAGCAGGCUGCAGGCCGAGCAUCAGCUGCAGCUGGAGGAGACCAAGGAGCGUCUCCUGGCCUCCUUCAUCUGCUGCAGUUGUGACAUCCUGCAGGAGCAGAACCAGCAGCUCUCGGACCAACUGCGGGACUUAGAAGAAGCUCUGAAGCAGAUGUCCAGUGAUAGCGUGACCACAGGUUCCCAAACAGAAGGUUGUGAUCAGCCAGAGGCCGAGGAGGAGGCGCAGCUGGGACACAGGGAGGCCUCAGAGGGAAACGCAGCCGAGGAAGAGAGGGUUCUCCGGCUGACCAGGGAGGUGGACGUCCUGCAGCAGCGACUGUCCAUCACAGCGGAGCAGCUAACCGCGCAGUGGGAGGAGAAGAUGAGGUUGGCACUGGAGCAGCAUGAUCAGGAGAUGGAGAAGUUGAAGGCCACGUGCGAGUCUGCCCUCACCUCCUUGGAGGACUCUCACCUCAAGCUGGUGGAGGAGCUCCGGCGGAGACACCAGCAGGAGUUGGAGCGCCUCCUGUCGGAGAGAGACAAGCUGCUGGAGGAGGAGACUGCAGCGACCGCCACUGCCAUCGAAGCGAUUGAGAGCGCUCACCGCCUGGAGCUGCAGAAGGAGGUGCAGAGGAGGCAGCAGUCCGAGAGCAGCACCGGAGACGAUCACCUGGAGCAGGUCUACCGGCGCCACAGCGAGGAGCUGGCCUGGUGUCAGAGGGAGCUGGAGGCUCUGUCGCAGCAGUACUCGCUCAAGUGUCUGGAGAACAGCCACCUGGGGCAGGCGCUGGACGCGGAGAGGAAGGCCUUGUGUCAGUGUCAGCAGGAGAACCAGGAUCUCCGGACCAGGAACCAGGAGCUGAGCAGCCACCUCGCCGCCGAGAUCGCUCGACUGUGUUCGCUCGCCAAGCAGGAGGACCCAGCGCUCGCUCAGAGGACCGACGUCUACCAGAUGGAGGUCACUUUGCGAGUGAAAGAGUCGGAGGUCCAGUGUCUGAAGCAGGAGCUCACCUCGCUGAAGGACAACCUGCGGGCGGCUCAGAAGGAGCGGAGGAGCGCCGCAAAGAUGUACAAGGACACGUACGGCGAGCUGAGCGUGGUCCGAGCCAGGGCUGAGCGAGACAUGGAGGAGCUGAGGGAGAGGCUGAGGCUGGCCAACCAGGCGCUGACGUCACCAUGACCUGCUCCUGGUGACUGCACUGAACAGUGCUUACAUUCCUCCUCCCAUCUUCAAGGUUGAGUCAUCGCAGAAGUCUGUUCCUCCGUCUUUAAUUUAAUGAUCAACUAAAUUAAGAUAUAAUGCACCACGUUAAUCACUCCCACGCGUUGAGUUACUCUGCAGAAGCUUGUCUUCACCUGCUGGAUGCUGUUUUAACGACUAGUCUGAGCAUGCACGGGUCAAUACUGUACAGUCAGCCAUGUUUGUAGUCUUCCUGUAACUUAUGAUUGUUGUAACUUGUUCCUGCACUUUCCCAAUAAAUC